AUGGCCUCUCUACCACCACAGAUACCUGACGGGUCACCGUUUACUCUGGAAAAUAUCCCAUUUGGCGUGAUUUCGACCAAGGAGAAUCCCACACCGCGAUGCGCAAGUGCAAUCGGGGAUUAUGCGUUGGAUCUUCACGCUCUCAGUAUAUCGGGACUCUUCCAGGAGGCUUCGGUGACCGAUGCUUUAUCUCAGACGACUUUGAACGCCUUCGCGGCUCUACCAGCAAAGAUCAGGACCUCUGUGAGGGAGCAAAUCAUUUCGGCGUGGGAAAAUGGGAAUCUCACCCCAGACUGCCUCCAUCAAUUGACAAGCGUGAAAAUGCACCUACCCGUGGAUAUUCCCGGGUAUACCGACUUUUUCUGCUCUCUUGAACAUUGCCAAAAUUGCGCGCCUAUGAGCGAUGGCAAAAUCCCAGAUAACUUUUUCCAUGCCCCAUCAGCGUACAAUGGCCGAGCAUCAAGUGUCAUCCCAUCUCCCUCUCUCGUGCGUCGACCCCGGGGAGUCUACUGGAGGCCGGGGACGAAGGAACCUGUGCACGGAGUUUCACAACUGGUCGAUUUCGAGCUGGAAAUGGGAUACAUCGUCUCUAAGCCCGUCCCAUACGGCGAAACGCUCAAAGUCGACGAUGCGCGGGAUCAUAUCUUUGGAUUUGUGCUGCUGAACGACUGGUCGAGUCGAGAUAUCCAGAUUUUUGAAAUGCCGCCCUUGGGGCCUUUCAACUCCAAAUCCUUCGGCACCACCAUUUCUCCUUGGAUUAUUACUCUCGAUGCCCUCCAUGCUUUUCAAUGCGCCCCGAAACACAAGACCCAUCCCCUGGAGCAUCUCCGAUACAACGACUUCGACAACGGGACAUUCGACAUCAAACUCGCCGCAUAUCUCGAACGGAACGGGCGGCGGUACAGGGUUUGCACCAGCAAUCUGCGAUAUCUGUAUUGGACACCCUUCCAGCAGCUUGCACACCACGCAUCAGCGAAUUGCGGCAUUCGCACCGGCGACCUCAUGGGAACGGGUACAGUGUCAGGAGACGGCAAAGACGAGACGGGGAAGAAGGUAGAACUGGGUUGUCUAUUCGAGGCGACUCAACAUGCUAGGCAGCCCUUGAAGCUGGACGGGGAGGUAGAGCUCGGCUAUCUGGAGGACGGCGACUCGAUCAUUCUCUCAGCAUGGUGCGAUGAUGGCCAAGGCCGAGCACUGGGCUUCGGAGAAUGUCGUGGACAGCUUGUGGGACCUGAUGCUCCAAUUUCUUAG